AUGUCUUCUCUCCAACCAACCUUCUCUUCCAAAUCCAGCUCCAACUUCAAUGAGCUUCAAUGGGUGAUUCAAAUCCGAAAAACCCUAGAGGCAGAGCUCGAGGAUGAGAAUGAAAUCCCUGUCUCCAUUUUCAACGUCCCCAAAACCCUCCUGGCUACUGACCCUGAAUCGUAUACCCCUCAACUGGUUGCGAUCGGUCCUUACCAUUAUUGGCGGCCGGAGCUCUAUGAGAUGGAGAGGUACAAAGUGGCUGCGGCCAAAAGAACCCAGAAGCAGCUCCAAACCCUCAAGUUCCAACACCUUGUUGACCAGUUGACGAGGUUCGAGCCGAGGAUUCGUGCUUGUUACCACAAGUACUUGGAGUUUAAUGGCGAGACUUUGGGGUGGAUGAUGGCCAUUGAUGCUUCGUUUUUCCUGGAGAUCCUUCAAGUCUAUGCGGUUCAAGAAGGGAAGACUUUGACGAGAGUUUCUUCAAGGAUGGCGCAUUUGGUUGAUUAUGCCGGAAGGAAGUCAGCGCAUCAUACAAUCCUUAGGGACUUUGUGAUGCUUGAGAAUCAAAUCCCGUUGUUUGUGUUGAGAAAAGUGUUGGAAUUUCAGUUUCCCACGUUGGAAUGCGCCGACGAUAUGCUUCUUUCUAUGUUGAUGGGAUUGUGCAAAGAGCUCUCCCCUUUCAAGAUGAAGGAUGAGGACUUGCCAAAGAUCCAAGUCUCUAGUUGUUGUCACUUGCUGGACUUUCUGUACCAGUUGGUCACCCCCAAGUUAGAAGCUGGACCGUCGGAAAUCACAGAAGAAGAAGAUAGCAAGGGCACACCACACAAGGAAAAAUCAUCAGCUAACUCGAAUUAUGUCAAACAAUUUCUAGAUGAGGUAUGGAAGCUGCUAUCCAAGCUGAACAAAGGCCCAAUACGUCUUCUGAAAAAGAUUCUAAUAUCUGGACCUGUAAAAGUGAUAUUCAAACUGCCUUGGACUAUCCUCUCCAACCUUCCAGGAUUUGCAAUUUUGAAACAACCUCUUCAGUCCUUAUUUUCCUCCGAAGACAAAGAAGCAGUGAAACCUGAAGAUGAAAAGUCGAGCAAUGGCAUUAGUAAACCGCCGUUGAUCGAGGAGAUCACCGUCCCAUCCGUCUCUGAUCUUGCAAAAUCCGGUGUCAAGUUCUUGCCCGUAAGCAGCGUUUCGAGCAUCUCUUUUGAUGCGAAAACUUGCUCGUUUUACCUCCCGAGUACUAGCUUAGAUGGAAACACAGAGGUGAUCCUGAGAAACUUGGUGGCCUACGAAGCAUCAACUGCAUCAGGGCCAUUGGUUUUUACUCGCUACACCGAGCUGAUGAAUGGGAUCAUAGACACCGAGGAAGACGCCAAGUUGCUAAGAGAGAAAGGUAUCAUCUUGAACCGUUUGAAGAGUGAUGAAGAAGUGGCAAACCUGUACAAUGGCAUGAGCAAGUCCAUUAGAUUGACUAAAGUUCCCUUCAUGGAUAAGGCCAUCGAAGAUGCCAACAAGUACUACAAUGGCAGAUGGAAGGUGAAGUUGAGGAGGUUUAUGAAGACUUAUGUGUUUGGUUCCUGGCCAAUUCUGGCCUUGCUCGCUGCCAUUUUGCUCCUGCUCUUGAUGACAUUGCAAGCAUUUUGCUCAGUAUACACCUGCAGUCGCAUAUUUAAUAUCAGCACCACUACUUAG